AAUACCCUUCCCCACUCCACGAAGCUUACUCGCUCUAUCAUCUGCAGGCCUUAAACUACGCCGUAUUUGCGGGAGCGCGCCGUUUCUUUGGCUAAAUUUCGCUGGGUUUUUUUCCAGCUUCCGCCAUGAGCCUUCUCGAUCAGCUCUGGGACGACACCGUUGCCGGUCCCCUUCCGGAAAGCGGUCUCGGCAAGCUCCGGAAGAUGCCGAGCUUGGGCCUCCGGCCAAACCCCGGCAAGGAGUCAGGCGGCGGCGGCGUGAUGAGAUCGCACAGUGAGGAAGCGACGACGGUUGAUGAGAAGAGAGUGACACGGAGUAUCAUGAUAGUAAGACCACCGGGAUACACUAAUGGUUCGUCUACUACACCGCCGGCUUCACCAGCUGGAUCGACCCCUCCCGUGUCUCCUUUUCCUGGGUUUGGUUGGUCUGUCACGUCAAGAUUAUGUGCAAUGGCAGAGAGUCCUUUCGGUUUCGAAGGAGGUCUACAUCGGAUGCAUACGAGAAGCCAACCGAGGUUGGACCCAGAAAUCCUACUUCUCCUUUCGGCGUGUGAGACCUGAGCCCUUUACAUCAUCUCCGGCAUCUGUAGUAGUUCUCACCUCCUCGGGUGAUCAUGUCUCCGUUUGUAGCGACGAUGCAGGACUGUAUCCUAGUGUGUGUUUUAGCUGUCUAACAACGCUUUUCGGAUCUCAUGCCCUGGUGUUGAUGGUCUGUGAGAUGUGUCGUAAUUAAGAUGUAAUAUAUGUAGAGAUAUUAUUUAUUUCUCAAUGCAGUUUCUUGCUUGUUA